CAUUUACCUGAUGGAGAAGGAACUGGCCGAGGAGCAGGAGAGGAACCAGCGGCAGCGGCCUCCCAAAAUCGUGGAGCCUCCGGCAUUCCAGGAGCCGCCUCCCAAGCCCAGCCGGCCCAUGUACAAGCCACCGUCCCAGAACAACCUCCUGGCUCCCAAUCUGCUAUUCCAGGUUCCCGAGGGUCUCUGUGCCAGCUCCCCCGCCCUCGCCAGCCCCGCCGAGUGCCCGCGCCCACCCGGCACCCUGCGCACGCCGCCGCCCCACCGGCACGCCGGCGCCUUCCAGCGCCGCAGCAUGAGGGAGGAGGAUUUCCUGCGGCCCAGCAGCCGGGAAGAGGCCCAGCGGCUGCUGGAGCUGGAGCGGCUGCGGGUGGAGCGGCUCAUGGAGCGGCAGCAGCGAGAGAUGCUCGAGGACGAUCGGUGGCUGCGGCACGAGGUGGAGAGCCUGGUGAGAAAUCCCGGGAAUCUGGGAAUGUGGGAAUGUGGGAAUGGGACGAUCGGUGGCUGUGGCACGAGGUGGAGAGCCUGGUGAGAAAUCCCGGGAA